AUGGUUUAUAUAAAUCGUAUUUCAGGAUCACGGGUAUCGGUAUUGGCCGGAUUUCACGAAACUAAUUCUCGUGGGGAUCGCUACGGUGCGUUCUUUUUAGCUUUUGAGCACGAUGGGGAGCGGGUACUUGUGCGGGAUUACUGUCAGCUAAAAACAAUUAAUGGAAGAGAGAUUCACAGUAAGUUGUUGUUUACAAUAGUUAGGUUUUUUAUAAAAUUUUACAUAAUAUUAGCCAAUUCACACGUUUCUUUUCGGAACUUUACAAUUAUGAUGUUUUAUAGAUUAUUUUUUUGUUUUCAGUCAAGUUUGAAUUAAUUUUUUUUCAGUUAGUCUCAGCCGGGUUGGUGAAAUCCCAGCACCUCCGCUGCAAGCAAACUACGUUGAUUGCCAAGCAGUAUUAAUCAAAGUUUUGGAUGCGGGAAAACGGUCGCUAAAUGAAGACCUAACGCCUUUGCUGCUAAGCGUUGACUUGAAUAUGGAACGGCUUCGGGUAACCUAUGGGCAAAGGGUAUUCACAAACCAAGGAGUGAUCAAAGCUUUGGACUUGCCAGACAUGGUUGUCUUGACCAGACUGACUGUUGCUUUCGGUGGCAAAAGCUAUCGGGUCGUGCCGAUUUGGAGUUGGCAAUACGACUACUUUUCAAGAUAUUGUACUUGA